AUGGAAUAUUCACUCCUGCUGUACUCAGGCUCCGUCUCUCUGUCCUUUGCUUGGGGGGGGCGGGGGGGCUUGGAAGCUGCCAAGUGUCAGUCCUUGACUUACAAUGGAUCUUCCAACGAUUCUGAAAGCUAUGAAAGCUCGCUACCGGAAUGGGAAGAGCCGAUCUUUCCAGUACCACGGACAGCUCAGGCGGUGCAGACACAGCUGACUUAUGCCCUGGGGACUGGCGAAGAGUCCAUUAGGAGUCCCAAACUAAGCCGGAGUGAGAAGAAAGCUCGAAAGGCCAUGUCCAAGCUGGGUCUGCAGCAGAUCCACAAUGUGACCAUGGUAACCCUCCGUAAAUCGAAGAAUACCCUACUGAUCAUCAACAACCCGGAUGUCUUCAAACGUCCAGCUUCCGACACCUACAUUGUCUUUGGCGAAGUCAAGAUCUCCAAUGGGGGAUCACGCAACCUCUCCCAACAGGUCUACCAAGAGGCGGCGGAGAAGUUCAAAGUUCCUGUGGAGCACUCGUCCUUGAUCACCGAAGCAGCUUCAGCCCCCACCAUCAAGGAGGAGAGCGAGGAAGAGGAGGAGGUGGACGAAACGGGACUGGAGGGAAAAGAUAUCGAAUUGGUCAUAGCUCACGCCAACGUCUCCCGCCCCAAAGCCGUCCGAGCCCUCCGGCACAACAACAAUGACAUCGUCAACGCCAUCAUGGAGCUGACGAUGUAG